CUGAUUCAUGCUACGAGCGCGAGACAGGACGAGCUGUGUUUUUGGCCAAAUACUAAUCCAUGUCGUGAUUAAAGACUUUUCCUUGAACCAGACACCUGAAACCUCUGAGUCACACUAAUUGCAUCACUAAUCCUGUUUAAAACUGAGUGUGUGCAAACCAGCUUUCAGAUGUUCACCUCCCAUAACAAGGAAAAGUCACGGUUCGGAAGUUGCAGACAUUUCUCAUCUUUGUGGUUAACUGCGCAUCUUACCUUGCCUGUGGUGUCAAGGUCCAUGUAUUUUAAUUAGAAGGGAGAAGUGUGUGUGCGCAUGCAGUGAGGUGAAGCUGAACAGGAUGGGACAUGAAGUUCAAACAGCCGACAGAGGGGGGAGAGCUCAUUCUAGCUCAGCUCGUACUUUCCCCAAAACACCUUGUACUUCAUCCGAAGGUUGAGCCAGGGGUUACGUUUUUAGCUCCAAUCACUUGUUGGGCCAGUUAAUGCACUGGAGUCAUGAUAAUGAAAGGAAAAGUGAGGCCAGGUGUCAGACGAGCUCAGGUGAGGUCAUCAGCCGUCUUGCUGAUACAUGACUCUGGGAUGACACGGAUUUCCCGUGUCUCUCUGUGUUCAAUACUGCCUGAGAUAAGAUGUAUUGUUGUCCUGUCUCCUAGGCUGCCACUAUUGAUGGGCCUUUAAACUCACUGGAAAACCGGAAUAAGACGUCACUGACCGACUGAGCAGAGACAGCUCACCCGCCAUCCCCCCUCCCUGUUAAACCCAUACAGCCUCUAUGCUCAUCAACCUGACGGUGGCCAUCAAGGAAUCUCGUGCCUUUCAUGGAACACAGCCUGCCCUCCCCACCGUUGCCCCUGACACUGUGGGAGUGACAGCCAUGGAGUCGCGUCCGCUGCUGGUCGCCCCUCCACCGCCUCCCCAAACACCUCCACCACCUCCGCCUCCCCCUCCUCCACCUCCACCCCCUCCGCCGCCACCACCACCUCCUGGGUCUUCCUCGCCUUUCAGCCGGGCCGACAGUUCCCGUCGGAGCCGGCUGAGGAAGCUGAACUGGGAGCGCAUCCCCAAAGAGAAGGUGGAGGGGAGGAAGAGUGUGUGGAACGGGGCGGCUCCGGGCGAGGACGAGUUCCCCAUAGACCUCCAUUCUCUGGAUGAGCUGUUUGGUCAGAAGGACAGUAAGCCUCGGGACAGAACCAGCACCCUGAGACGCCGGUCUUCUCUGCUGCGCUGCAGAUCCCCUCAGGACAGCUCGGAAGAGAUUUCCCUGUUGGACUCCAAACGCAGUAUGAACAUUGGAAUAUUUCUACGUCAGUUUAAGAUGCCUGCUAAGGAGAUAGUUGAGGAUAUCAGGCACGGUGCUGGGGACCGUUACGGAGCAGAGAAGCUCUCAGAGCUCUGCAGACUGCUGCCUGACAAUGAGGAGGAGUCCCGCCUGAGGAGGUUCAGUGGGGAGCGGAGUUGGCUUGGAGAGCCUGAUCUUUUCCUACUGCUGUUGGUGGAAGUCCCCAGUUUUCGGCUUCGUCUGGAUGCCAUGAUCCUGCAACAAGAGUUUGACCCAGCUGUGACCUCUCUGUGUGUGGCAGCCAGAUGUCUGAGGGAGGCGGCCAGAGAACUGCUGAGCUGUCCUGAAUUACACUCCAUCCUUCGUUUGGUCCUGAAAGCAGGGAACUACAUGAACGCUGGAGGAUAUGCGGGGAACGCUGCUGGUUUCCGAAUUUCAUCGCUGCUGAAACUGGCUGACACCAAAGCCAACAAGCCGGGGAUGAAUCUACUGCAUUUUGUUGCAAUGGAAGCGGUGAAAAAGGACCAGAGUUUACUGUCAUUUCCCAGCCAAAUAGGCCAUGUUGGCUCCGCCUCCAGGUUGAGUGAGGAGUCUGUGCUGGAGGACUUAUCCAAGUUAAAAAGCAGAGUGGUGGCCCUCAAAGCAAACAUCCAGACUGAGGCAGAGAUUCUGCAGCACACAAAACUUUUCCUAGAGUUGGCUGAGGAGCGUCUGAAGGAGGCGGAGGAUGAGGUGGAGGGCAUGAGGAUGUCGAGUCAGGCUCUGGUGGAAUUCUUCUGUGAAGAUGACAGCACCUUCAAACUAGAGGAGGCGUGCAAGGUCUUCCAUUCGUUUUGCCUCCGCUUCCAAAGAGCUGUCCAGGAGAAUGCGGAGCGGGAGCUGAAGGAGCAGAAACGUCUGGAGCGUCAACAUGAGAUGGUGGAAAAGCGUCGCUCCCUGGCUGUUUGCACGGGCCUGGACGUGACUCUCAGCCUGGCAAGAGAGCCUCAGAGUCAGGAGAACCAAGGAGAGCUGGAGAAGCUGCUGGAGAAGAACUUGAGCUGCACUUGGAGUCGACGUAGCCUGAGAAGCUCCGAGUCCCGCAGACACUCCCAUUUCGUCCACAACGACGCCCACCCCCACAACUCAUCCGUGCUCAAGAGCUUCCCCGAGCUGGGUAGCAGCCCCACGUCCACCAGUUAUUACUCCAACAGCUCCUCCGACCACGAGACCACCGCUGUGCUCUGUAGCUCCCCAGAGACUGACGGCACAUGCUCCCCCAUCGACCAAGAACCUGUUCUGGGUCAAGGGAGCAGGUUUCAGCACAGGCGAGCAACGAACACGAGCAUGGAUGCAGUUCAGGACUCGCACAUCGCCAUGUUUGGUCACUUUCAGCACAGACGUGACUUCACAGUCAAGCAGCUCGGGCCUGAGAGCAUUUCUUAUGUGCUGCAAGGCCAAUCGAAGACAACAGGACUUGAAAAAGAAGCUGAGAUUCCACAUGAGCACGUGAUUUCGACUGUCGCUGAAUUUUGUAAAAACUCUGCUGCCAAACCUACCGAUAAACCCGUCCUUUGUGUUAAAAACCAGACCCCCACUCACAGGCAGAGGUUUGGCCUGCCAGGUACAGACAAGACUCGACCAGUUCAGAGUAAAUCUAACAGCUCUCGUGUGAAUGAGUUUGUGCCUCACUCUCUUCAUUCAAGUGGAAUACUUCCUCACAGUGACACCAGGACUGGGACGUUAGGGUACCAGAGAUCUGAGAGUGAACCGCAAUCUUGUGUAAAUGCUCCAGAGAGGAUCCAGUCCCAACCACAGGCGAGAGAGACGCCCACCGUAACAGCAAGUGCUGUGAUGCCUUUGCCUGAUGUAGGAAUAGCAAAGCCCACGAACACAGAGGUGGCGUCCACACCUGUGGAGGAAAACUGGAUGCCCUCCAGUCUACCGGAGUUCAGCCAAUCACAGCGAGAGGAGUACUCUGACUUGCCAUGUCCCGAGAGGGAGACGGCAAGGCCGUUCUCCCGCGUGGGCGAAACACUGGAGUGCCACACUCUGGUGAAAAGCCUCCGAUCCUAUGAUGCCUUGUCACCCCCAACAUCCCCACUCCCACGACCCGCACCGAGCCUCUGCACCAAGUGGAGGAAAGAGAGGGAGGGUGACCUCCGAGCGGGGACAACUCCAGGGUCUCCUACAUCAAAGGAGGAGGCUCGAACCGUGAAGAUCCCCGUGCGUAGUGGAAUAGGGGCCAAAAGGGGACUCGUGUCACGUGCAGGAUCUUCCAAUAGCACAAGCAUUCCCAGGGUGCGCUCCAAAACUGAGCCUUCAAAUGAAGCCCCCACCCCCGCUAACCCAUCCCCUCCCAGCCGGCUGUCUAGUCCUCGCAGCAUAUCCAUGCGCUCGUCGCCUAUCACACGGCCUGCAGCGGUUCAGACAGAUGUGAAACGCAGCAAUAGCACACGGGAGAGGACUAUAGGUGAGUUACAGACCACAGGGAAGCCCACCGUAACCCGCAGGACCUCAGACAGAUCCGUACUGGAGAAGGUCUCAGGCAGCAUCCAGCCAGCCUUCAUCAGAGGAACCCCUCUCCGUGUGUCAAAAAGAGUCGCCCCAACCUCGGAGACUCAGGCGCCCUACCAGCCUCGAACCGCCCACAGCUCGUCAUCCGCCACGGCCAAGACCAUACGCACGGCUGUCAUUUCUGCUGCCCGAAAUAAAACUGCCAAGACAACAAGCACAAGCACGUCUCCUGCCAGCUCGAAAAUCCCCACAGUUUCACGGAUACCUGGUCCCAAAAUGCCGCGAGCUUCUGCAGCCUCGCCAUUGUGGAAGUGAUGACGAAUAAGUGCUUGUAAAUGCCCUUUCACACUUUUCACGCUUUCAUGGAUUAUAGUCUAAUAUAAAAAGUGUGGGUAUUCAUGAAAAGUGUGAGUCAUCAGUCAGAUUUAUGGUCUUAAUUAGAUAUCGGUCGUCAAAACUCAACUUUUAUGAAAUUUGUAUGUAGUUCUGAGUGCUUAUGUUCUACAUUUGUGAGAGGGAGCUGCACUGGGAGCAUCGGGGACAAUUUAUCUCAUGUGAUUCACCCAAUAGCAGAAUAAAUUCUACCUCCUUUUUAUACACAUUUGUGUCCUUUGCAGGCAAUAGGACACCACAAGACCAGCCAUCUUACAGUAACUCUUCAUAUAUAUAUAUAUAUAUAUAUAUAUAUAUAUACGUAUAUAUAUAUACGUAUAUAUGUAUAUAGAACAGCAGUAAAACAGUCGCAAAUCGGUCAGUAAAAUGCAACCAACUGACAUUACUUUGCGUAGUCUUUAUUAUAUUUGGGAAACUGUUUCAAUCUCUUGAAAAAACUAGUUUUGUCCAAAUGUUUUGAAUACUGUGACCCCUCCGCUAAGUGAUCUUACUGUACAGUCCGAACUGAACUCAACAAUCAACUCGGUACAACAUUGACCUGAUUAUCCUCUUGGUGAGAGGCCUCAUUGUUCUGAUGCACUUUAAAAACUGCGAGGAGAUGAUUACUGUCAUUUGUAUUUUGCAUCAAAAGAUUCUAUAACUUAAUUGAAUAGCAUUGGUUGUUAUUCACUGUAUUAUGUGGAUUUAUAAAACAAAAAAGAGAAGAUGAAUAAAGAUGGUA